AUGCAAGUUGCUAGUGCCAAGGAUAAAAACCCUAUUGUCUCCAAUAUGGGUUUGUAUGGUGUCAUUCAAGAAAUUUGGGACCUUGACUACCAAAAGUUUAGAAUCCCAAUCUUGAGGUAUGAUUGGAUAAAUAACACUUCUGGUCUUAUAGUCGACGAACUUGGAUUUACCCUUGUAGAUCUGAGUAAAAUUGGAUAUAGGAAUGACCAAUUUGUUAUGGCUUCUCAAGUCAAACAAGUCUUUUUUCCUGACAACCCAAUGCAUCAUGAUUGGUCGGUAGUGUUAUCAAUUCCUAAUAGAGAAUAUAAUGAUGUUAUUGGUGAUGAUAUGCUAGGUGAUAUUAGAAUUGAGUGUGAGCCAUUUACUCGAGGGAUAUCAAAUGUUGACACAUUUGAUGACCUAGUGGGUGAGUUUGGGAGUGCAAAUAUUAGAGAUGGGAUUUGCACAGGACAAAUGAAAAUUUUAAAAUACUGGAUUAUAGGUGUAAAAUACGAUGGUCUAGUUAAAAAAUCGCAAAAACAGACGUAUGAGAAUGUAAGCGGAUUUUUGAGAGGACGUAUGAAAAGUAGAACUUUUGGUGGUGGCGAUAAAAGCACGAGUCCAGGUAGCCAGGUCAACAGGAUUGACCACAUGCUUCUGUGA